AUGUCCUUUCGUGAUUGCAUCACUCGACAGGCCGCAGCAGUAUGCAAAGAAUCCACUGACGAAGCUCGUGAGACGCAGGCAGCGCCUUUCCCCCAGAGUCCUUUAGUUUCCUGUCAGGAGGACGUCUUCCAUAGCCCCCGAAGUGUCGUAGGAACAACUGAAACAGCGCCAGAGGGUCCCCCCGCCUCUGCCGUUGCUUCUCCAGGGUCUGUCGGCUGCUCUUGCGAUCAUGGAGAAGGGAAAGCGGCUCAUGAAUUGCCUAAAGGCAUCACAGCAGCAGCCCCGCAGAACGCAUGCAUUGACGGAGUCCGUCUGCAAACUUCAGCCCGCUCUUCUGCUGCCUCUGUGCGAAGUGGAGGCUGCGGAAGAAGCAAAUUCAGCCACCGCAUAAUCAACGCCUCCGCCCCCAUCACCUUCACCAAGACCUUCUACUCGUCUGCGCAGUGGGGCCAGUACACACGCAACCCCCAGGGCUACUUGAACGCUGAAGCUGUCCGGGCUGCUGCUGCUGCAGCAGAAGCAGGAGAGAGUUUCUCCCCUCCUGGACCUUCAGCAGAGACUGAAAUAUCGCCGCAGAACAAUCACUUCGAAGGAAGGUACGAGGGGAGAACCGAUAGUGUACGCACGGCCCAAGAGGCACCAAAGAGGGCGACCGAGACGUACAGAAGUGACAUAACGGGGUCCUUUGUAAUGCAGCACAACUCCACACAAGCCAUGAGGAGCACAGGGAGCAGCAAUAACUCCAAGAGGGAAACAAGGAGGGAUAUCCUGCAGAGAGCUUCUUCUCUGGGGCAGAGCAGCAGGCCUGCUGCUGGUUCGCGCCCGUUGCUGGGGUCUUGGCUUUUUGGGGGCUCCAGGAAUUCAACAGAACUUGAACGACUUGUUGAGGAAGAAAAUGAUAUUGUGAAAACUGCAGCAGCAAGAAGCGAACUAGCCGCUACAAAGCUGCUGCAAGAGGACAUGGAGGCGAUGAUAGCCAAUUUGCAGCAGGUGAAAACUUUUCUUGUAGACAAGCUGCGAGAGUGCGAAACGGCUCUGCUCACUACAGCUCAAGAAAGAGAUGACUUAGAAGCCACUUUGCAGCAAAUUCAAAGUGGCAUUCAAGACAGCGUUGCAGAAAACAGACGACAAGCUGAGGAGUGCAAAGAAAAACUCGCCGACAAAGAGCGUGAGGUGGAGGAGAUGAGGAUGAAGCUGGAACAGGCGACCGCUGAGGCAUCGAGUUUGCGAAAAGAAAACGAAAUACUGAAGGCAGAAAUCAACGUGGCGCGCGUUGAAGCAGCGGAUGUGGCUGCUGCUGACGGUUUUCGUAUUGAAGAGUAUCGGCUGGCCCUUCAGAUCCUGAUGGAGCGAAGCAAAGCCCAGCGGCGGGAGGUGAAGCGGCUUAGAGGGCAGCUGAUUAAAACGCGGGAGGAGUAUGCAAGCGCGUUGGCCAGAAUAGACGAACUGGAGGCUUUCGAGGAAUUCAGGGAGUCGCAGAUACACCCAGGCGAGACGGCAGCUGAUGUCAAUCAAGCAGCAUCCCCCAGGAGUAGCCACAGUGGUGGGGGCCCGCACUUUAACGCCGAGAGCCCUGGGGCCCCCCAAGGCAGCAGCGGAGCACCACCAGAUGAGUGGCAGGCCCCCGCUUCGAGGCAGCACCCGAGAGAGACCCAGGCAGAUGAGGGGCCAGAGAGGAGUUCAUGCGACUGCGAUGCAGCAAGCACUGCUGGGUUCCUUGGGGGCAGGAGAUCAGAAGGCGCAGGUGAAAACCUGCUCGGCCAUACAGGAACGAGCAGCGGCAGCCAAGCGCAUGCAGACAGUCUCCGAGGACCGGGCUUAGGGAAGAGCGUGACGGGCUUGUUAGCCUCUGGAGUGUCCCAGCUGCUGCAGCGCAUCGAGCAUACCAUCUCAGCGGACCGCGAUCCCCCCGAGCUCUCUACGGACCCCGAGUCCCAAGCUAGUGCGGACUCAACACCCCCAGAAGAAGAACGAGGGCUGCACGAAGAAGCUGCGCUUUUUCUGCAGCGCACCAGUGGCACCAGCAGCGACCUGAUCGUACACCUGGAAGGCCAGCAACAGUCGGAGCCGGAGGGAGGAGAGGAGGAAGUUUUGAGUCCGAGUGCGGCAGAUUCAAGAUCUCUCGGAAACGUGGCGCGCAGCAUGUGGCAGGCGGCUCAUGAGCUGCUUGCAGACAGGGCACUGCCUCCAGCCCGCCUUUCUACUUUGCGAACGGUUGCAGCGGGGAACCCGUCGGCUUGGGAGGUGCUUCGUGAGCGGCAUCGCGCAGCCAAGUCGAUGCCACUUUUUAGCAGCAUCCCUCCUGCUGCUUAUCCGUUGAUAGCACAGGCUAGAGAUCAGCAACCAUCAGGCAGGCAAGGAACAGUCGCCUCCGGGUCAACGCGGACCGCUGCACUCGCAUCACGCCGCAGGAGCAAUCCAGUGGCCGCCGGUGCAGGUGCCCGUACUAACGCGCGCCCUUUGGGGAGGGUCGAACGCGGGCGGCGCGAGGGAACCCCACACGGUUGCAUGACAGUCGAGCUGCCGUCUGAGUUGCCCCCAUGCACCUCAGACGCCCCCUCUAGUGACGUCGGGGAGGCUGAGGAACGCAGAAGUGAGCGUAGGGAGAUGAAGGCUCCACUUCCAGCGGAUGAAACGGACGCGCAGAACCCAACUGCAACCGAGCAGGGCACUGCUGCAGCAGCAGCAGAACCGAAAAUACCGCAGACAACGAGCGCUUCCGACGGGCCAGAACAACCAGUUGGAAUAUCGGACUGUCGUGACACUCCCGAGGCAGAACCCGAGCAUGCCGGCGUUCAUUCCGAAGUCGCUGAUGCUGCAGCAGAGGGUGAGCCGUUGCAGGAGAGCGGGGUGUGA